AUGGCGAUCUUCAGCUUUGAAGCAGAGGUGACGACCUCCAUCCCUCCGGCGAAGAUGUUCAAGGCCUUCGUCGUCGACGGCGAGAAGAUCGCCGCGCAAAUCUUCCCGGAGGCAAUCAAGAGCGUCGCCUCCGAAGGCGACGGCGGCCCCGGAACCAUCAAGCAAGUCCAUUUCAACGAAGGGAGCCCGUUCAAGUUUGUGAAGGAAGUGGUGGACGAGCUGGACAAGGAGAAGCUGAUCUACGGCUACACGGUGAUCGGCGGUGAUGCUCUGAUGGCCGGCGUCGAGAAAAUCUCUUACCGUCUGAAGAUGGAGGAAUCGGUCGACGGUGGCGGCGGAACGAUCUGCAAGCGCAGUAGCAAGUUCUUCACCUCCGAGGAAGGAGGGAUUGGUGAGGAUGAAGUGAAGGCUGCGAAUGGAGGGAUCUGGCAGAUGUUCUGUGCUAUUUUCAAGGCUUUCGAAGGCCACCUCCUCGCCAAUCCUUCAUCUUAA